AACAAGUGACAGAGAAAGAAAUUUCACGAUGUACAAGAUUGUUGGGUUGUUGGCCAUUACUCUUGCGGUUGUGCGAGGCAACUCAGUGUCGGAAACGACCCGCCAUGGAAAUUUGAAUACGUAUUACAUUUACUCAAGAAGCAAUUCACGGGUACCAACACAGAUACUUCCAAAUGUAAAUUCAAUUGUGAAUGCAGGUGGUUUAUUUAGACCAUUUACGGCCAUAAUCGUCCAUGGACACGAAGGCAGUGCGUUUACAACACUGAAUCCAGUUGUCAAGGAUUCUUUCCUUACGAGUGAUGAUGUUGCUGUAAUCGUCGUUGAUUGGUCGACUUAUGCUGGGCAGAGAUAUAGCAACGCAGUCAAUGCAGUGCCAAGCGUUGGAGUUGUACUGGCUCAGUUCAUCCAAUUGUUGGUUGAUAUGAAUCAAGUGUCCUUGGAUAGACUUCAUCUAGUCGGAUUUGAUCUUGGAGCCCACGUUAUUGGCUUUACUGGAAGAACCCUAUCAGGACAAGUUGCUAGAAUUACUGGUUUGGACCCAACUAGCAACCAAUGGGGCAGCAAAUCUCAACGCCUGGGUUCAUCGGAUGCCCGUUAUGUUGAAAUAAUUCAUACUGAUGGAGAUGGAAUUUUCGCUAUCGGUCUUGGUACAGCUAUUGGCCAUGUGGACUUCUUUGCAAACGGGGGUGGCAACCAGCCUGGAUGUCUCACACACAAAUGCAGUCACGACCGCGCGUGGGAGUUCUUCGCAGCCUCGUUGACUCACAACCACCUGACUGGAAAUCUAUGUUCUUCCAAUUUACAGCUUUCAACUAACCGUUGUCGAGGUUACGCCUUGGCAAUGGGCAACAAUGACUUGGUCAAAUUUGGGUCCGGAAUCUUCAGAGUCAACACGAAAAGGUCAUUCCCUUACUAAAACAAUUUAACUUACAGGCAUUGACUUACAAAUAAAUGGACGACGGGUCUAAUACAAAAACCACGAAAAAAAUGUCCCAAGUCAACCUAUUUAAACGUAGUGACAUGUAAAGGAAUAUGAAAAAGCUAAAACGU